AGACUGAAAAUGGACACACAGCGGCUUCGCCUGGUUGACUCUUCUCCGGGAAAGCUCUUGGUUGGCCUUCUCCGUGUUGGCUUGAACACAAACAAAAUGUCGGGGCUCGCUGUUACGUUAAAUCUCUAACGGACGGAUUGUUUUUAAAAAAUCACGACCUCCAGGUGAAAGAAUGGACACCGUGGGAGAGGACGAACCGGACCCCAUCAGACUGAAGUCCGUCAAGAACUAUAAGACAUUCACAGUGCCUCAAAGCGACCGGUUCGGGAGCUGCAGAAGCGUCAGAGAGUUUGAGAAGCUGAAUCGAAUCGGCGAGGGAACGUACGGCAUCGUGUACCGAGCUCGAGACACCAAGUCAGACGAGAUUGUCGCUCUGAAGAAAGUCCGCAUGGACAAAGAGAAAGACGGAAUCCCCAUCAGCAGCCUGAGAGAGAUCACCCUGCUGCUGAGGCUGAGACAUCCCAACAUCGUGGAGCUGAAAGAAGUGGUGGUGGGCAGCCAGCUGGAGAGUCUGUUUCUGGUGAUGAGUUACUGUGAACAGGAUUUGGCCAGUUUGCUUGAAAACAUGCAGACGCCGUUCUCUGAGGCUCAGGUGAAGUGUAUCGUCCUUCAGCUGCUCAGAGGUUUGGAGUAUCUCCACCACAACUUCAUCAUUCACAGGGACCUGAAGGUGUCGAAUCUGCUGAUGACGGACAAAGGCUGCGUCAAGAUCGCUGAUUUCGGGUUGGCGAGGAUGUACGGCAUCCCGCAGCAGCCGAUGACGCCGAGAGUCGUCACGCUGUGGUACAGAGCUCCGGAGCUCCUCCUAGGGACCAAAUCUCAGACUACAGCUCUGGACAUGUGGGCUGUCGGCUGCAUCCUGGCGGAGCUGCUGGCUCACAAACCUCUGCUGCCCGGCACCUCCGAGAUCCAACAGGUCGACCUGAUCGUCCAGCUGCUGGGAACGCCCAACGAGAACAUCUGGCCGGGUUUCUCUCAGCUGCCUCUCAUCGGUCAGUACAGUCUGAGGAAGCAGCCGUACAACAACCUGAAGAAUAAAUUCACCUGGCUGUCCGACGCCGGACACCGACUGCUCAACCUGCUCUUCAUGUACAACCCACAGCGCAGAGCGACCGCCAAAGACUGUCUGGAGAGUUCGUACUUCAAAGAGAAACCCCUACCCUGUGAACCGGAGCUGAUGCCAACCUUCCCUCAUCAUCGCAACAAGCGGGCUGCUCCGCCGGCCGAGAGCCACUCGAAGCGGAGCAAAGUGUGACGGAGGCGGCGACCACGACGAGACGAUGGAAGGAAGGGAUGGAGUUUUAACUCCUCUGAAGCCGACGAACUCUGUCACAGAUCAACACAUCUGGACUGAUGACGUAGAACUGUGCAGCGUUCAGUUAUCGUGUUAUAAACCGCAGAUCCGGCGGCGCCGGCGUGCUCGCAGUCUUCAUGAGAAACGACGACGAGGACGAUGCCUUAACAAACAUUGUGAGUGAGGCAUUGAGUCUCUGCUGUGGCGCUGCGGGAAGGACAGGACGAGGGUGAACUGAACCGACGUGCUCGAGCUCGGCGCACGAAUCCGUUUAAACCGCGUUGAUGGAAACUGUCCCGUUUGUUUGUUUGUGUCAAAGUGUCCUUGAGGUAAAAUGCCGAACCUGCUCGCUUGUUGUUAGUCGUCAGAGUAAUAGUUUGAUGCCGUUCAUGUGUCUACGCUAAAUACGUAGCUGGAGUCUUUAUGCUAAGCUAACAGGCUGCUGGAUGUAGUUUCAUAUUUAGUUCCCCCCGCCCCUUUUCAGUCUGUGCUCCAAUCACAGUUGAGCAAGCCUCGGUCAGUUUCCUGAACUUAAGAUAUGCUACAUAUUAACCUUGCGUUAGCUAAUAUUAACAAAAACACUAGCUACCCAAUCUACAUAAAAUAUUAACAAGCUAGUUAGCCAGCUAACCAGUUAAAUAGCAAUUGAUAAAUUAGCUAGCUAGCCAAACAUUAGCUAUCAGUUGUAACUGUAGAAUGGCUAGCUAACGAUUGAUCUCGACAGCUAACUAGCUACAUAGUUCGUUAACUAAAAAAAUUGACUAAUUAUUUAGCUGGUUAGCUAACGUAACUAGUUAACAACUGAUAACACCUACAGCUAGCUAGUUACAUUUGAUAGCAAAUGUUUGGCAAAACGCUAGCUAACUAGCUAGCUAUUUUAUAUCAAUUGUUAGUUAGCGAGUUAGCUAGUGUUUUGCUAACAUUAAAGUGUGUUUUCGACAUAGGCGAGCUAGCACGUAGCAUGUCGAAGUCGACUGAGGCUUGCUCAACUGUGAUUGGACCACAGAGCGAAAAGGGGGCAGGGCUUCAAAAAAAAAGGGGUCACUGUUCCUUUAAGAGCUGCUGAAAUGUACUGUGAAGUGUUUAAACGUCCGGCUGUUGAACAAAAUAAACACGUCAAUCAAACAACUUAUUUUCUUUCAUUUGAAAUGUCAGUUUUUAUUAAUGCAGGAUAAAUUAGUAGUAAUGAGUUACACGGCCAGCGGCAGGUUGAAGUUCCCUCACAGGGGGACGUUAAUUAGUGACCUCCCACUGAUGAACCAGUAUGUACCUCCACACAGACACAGCAUUGAGCGAUCUCACACGCACACACGAGUCCCGUCACUGAGCGACCCGGCUCCGAAACAAACGUCGGAUUUAAACCCCGUAAACUAGUGUUAGCUUCAGACAUUAGCCUCCUAGAAGACAGAACAACACAGGACUGACCGGAGCUCAGCCAUGACGUAACAUUCAUUAAUUAGCCAACCAACAAUGUAUGUAAAUUAGCUAGCUAGUGUUUUGCAACCAUUAGCUAUAAAAUGUAACUAGCUAGCUGUUAGCUACAUCCACAGCUAGUUACAUUUUAUAGCUAAUGUUUGCUAGCUAAGCUAGCUAGCAAACAUUAGCUAUAAAAUGUAAGAUUAGCUAGCUGUAGAUUAGUUAGCCCACAAACGAGCUAACUGUUGAUCGCUACAUCUACAGCUAGUAACAUUUUAUAGCUAAUGUUUGCUAGCUAAGCUAACUAGCUGUAAAUGGAGAUCAGCUAACCUGCUAAUUUACAUAAAUUGUUAUUUAGCUGGUUAGCUAGCCUUUUGCAACCAUAAAACAUGACUAGCUAGCUGUAGAUUAGCCAACUAGCUAAAUAACAUCCACAGCUAGUUACAUUUGAUAGUUAAUGUUUGCUAGCUAAACUAGCUAACAAACAUUAGCUAUAAAAUGUAAGAUUAGCUAGCCCACAAACGAGCUAACUGUUGAUCGCUACAUCUACAGCUAGUUACAUUUAAUAGCUAAUGUUUGCUAGCUAAAUGGAGAUCAGCUAACCUGCUAAUUUACAUCAAUUGUUAUUUAGCCGGUUAGCUAGCCUUUUGCAGCCAUAAAACAUGACUAGCUAGCUGUAGAUUAGCCAACUAGCUCACUCAGAAUUGAUUGAUCGGUACAUCCACAGCUAGCUAAUGUUUGCAAAAUGCUAGCUAACUAGCAUCGCUGAGGCAAACUGUGGGAAUUGAGAUCCAGCAGGGCAACAACAGACAGGUAAAGAAACAAAAUGGUAGUGUUAGCUUCA